AUGUCCCCCAACUUCAAUCUUCUUCGCACGUGUCUUGUUUUAGUAGUAUUGUUACUGCUACAGUCAACAGCAACUUCUGCUCUGCAGUGCAUCAUCGAAGACAGUCUUCGCUUUGAUUGCUAUCCCGAAUCUGGAGCCACCAAAGAUGCCUGCCAGGCCCGUGGAUGUUGUUGGCGACAACCAAACCUUGCACUGGAACAGAAGAAGUAUUUCAAAGACAAGUUGGCCACAAAUUCUGUCCCAACGUGCUUCUACCCAAAAGAUUUCCCCAGCUACUCUAUAACAAGUCUUACCGAGACUGACUUUGGGUACACAGCUCAUUUGUCAAGAACCACGAAGACGUAUUAUCCAAAAGAUUUGCUAAAACUCAAAAUGGACGUUAUUUUGGAAACAGACACGAGACUGCAUUUCAAGAUUUACGACCCAGAUAAUGACAGAUACGAAGUACCAAUUGAUACACCAGCAUUUACUAAUAAAUCCUACUUCACCAUCCUACUCUGUGGAAUUUGGACAUCGACCAUUCAGCUUUGGUGUAAAGAGAAAUAGUACAGGAGUUAAUGUAUUUGAUACAAGUGUCAGU